AUGUCUGGUGAUCCUCCUAAAAGCAACUUAUCACCUCUUAGAGAGGUGGUAUUGGAUACCGAAACUACUGGUUUAAGCGUAAGAACUGGCCACCGAAUAAUCGAAAUUGGUUGCCUUGAAUUAAUCGAUCAUCAACCAACUAGCCGAACAUUCCAAUGCUAUAUCAAUCCGAAAUUUCCAGUCUCAGAAAGGGCCUUUGAGGUACAUCAUCUAUCGAACAAAUUUCUAGAAGGAUUUCCUACUUUCGAUGGGAUAGUACAAGACUUUCGUGACUUUAUUCAAGAAGAUACCCUUAUCAUUCAUAAUGGCCAUUUCGAUAUCAAAUUUAUCAAUAACGAAUUUCAAAAACUGAAUAUACCUGAAAUAUCUUUCGAACGUGUUAUUGAUACAAUGCUGAUGGCUAGAAAAUUAUAUCCGAGACAACCAGCCUCACUUGAUUCGUUAUGUGAUCGCUUUAAUAUUGAUAAGUCUUCGCGAUCGCUGGGGCAUGGAGCACUAACUGAUGUUAAACUAUUACAACUGGUCUACGCCAAAUUGUUAAAAGACCAAGAUGCUUUAGGCUUAAAUGUUAUUAAUCAAAGUGCUACCCAAACUUCUAAAUCAAUAGUAAAUAAAACAGAUAUGAGUAAGCAGCAUAGGCCCGCUCAGACUGCUAAAGUUGACACCGAAAAAGUUGCUAGCUGUACAAAUGCCAAAUCAAUAGGUGUUACAAAAUCAACUACAAACGUAAGCAAGGAAACCUAUCUAAGGAAAGGAAAUAGAGAAAUUUUCUAUCCAGUUACUAAAGGAUAUAAAAAUGCUAAAUGCAGUAAUAAUAAGACGGAAGUAGAUAUAACAAAGAAAUUAAACGAUUUAAAGUUAGAGCGGUAA